AAUAUUCAUUAUAAUUGGGGUGAACAAGCAAAUCGCAUAAACCGGUGAUUCGUUGUAAUAAUGGCUCUCUCCUUGCGACGCUACAGUUGGUCAGGUGACACCGGGCAUUUGGCUCAACUGUUGAAACAAAGAAUUAAGGCAGGAAAAGAGAGAUCGAUGUUAAUUGCAAUGGACAAGAUCGAUAAUUUGCCAGAAAGUUUGAUUAUCGAGAUUCUGUCAAGGCUACCAGUAAAAGAUCUGUUACAGUUUAAGAGUGUGUGCAAAUCAUGGUAUGCGAUGAUUUCUAGCCCGAAUUUUGUAUCCAAACAUCUAAGUAACUACUAUAACAACAAUGAUGAUUGGCGCGGUUGUCUCCUUGUUCAAGAUUUUAUUACAAACGCUGAAAUUGAGUUAGUUGAGUUGCUUGUCGAUGAAACUCCUCGAGUUUUAGCUUGUGAUAAUUUAUGUGGUAUGCCGAUGAGUUGCUCUUUUCUUAGUGGUCCUUGUGAUGGAUUGUAUUAUGUGUAUCAAUAUACGGGUACUCGUGCGUUGUGGAAUCCGGCUAUUGAUGAGUUUAAGCUCUUGCCUGAUAUAAUUUGUAAGCCUGAUCUUCCUAAGCAGUUCACUUAUUCUUCGUAUGAGGUUUUUGGUUUUGGUUUUGAUCAUGUUAUCGGGGAUUAUAAGGUGGUUGUUAUGAAAGGUUAUUGGGAGGUUGAUCCUAAUGAUAGAAGUGAUCUCCACCAUCCGGUGUCUGUACUUGUGUAUUCAUUAAAGACUGAUUCGUGGAGGUAUUGCGGAGAUCUGUCUAAAGCUUAUGAUUUAGAAAUAAAUUACUGUUACAUAUAUGUGAAUAAAUGUUGUUACUGGUUGGGAUCACUGGAUAAUAACUCUGAAGUGAUGAUUUCGUUUGAUAUGGCUAGUGAUUCGUUCAGAGAGAGUGAUGUUCCAGACUCUGUUCCAGGCUAUACACAGCCAAGUUUUAAGCGUCUUGCAGUAUAUGACGAUUCUCUUGCAUUGUUGUCUCUCCAUAAGACUCAGAAGAAUUUUGAUAUUUGGACAUGGAGUGAGGGGGGGUGUUGGACCAAGAAAUUUAGUUUGGGGCCGCUUCCUGGUGUUUGGACUCCUGUUGGUCACUGGAAGUGUAACAUGCUCUUACUGCAAUGUGAGGAUGGUACGAUUUUCUUAUUUGAUCCCGACACACAAGAAAGGAAAGAUCUUGCAUUUCAGAUCAGCACAAUGUGUCGAGGAGUGUUUGCAUACAUGGAAAGCCUGGUUUCUAUCAAAGGUCAGACCGAGGCAGGGCAGCAGUCCGAGGGAAUUUGAAUCACCAAACAAUUGAGCCAAGUCAUUCAUCAUUCCUUCCAGCAGAUUCCUAAGUGUUAUGUGUGUGUGUUUUUUUGGGUGUGUUUUGUGUUACGUUGGUGUUUGGCUCUCUUGGAUGAGAAAUAUUCCAAGUUUGAUUUUUCUUUGAGUCCCUGUCAAAUGGUAUCAAAUUUUCUUUUAUGAAUAAGGAUGAAUUAAUUGUUAUUAUUAUGAAA